AUGUGGUAUUUUCCAAAUUGUAUUGCGGCAAUUGAUGAAAAACAUUGUUGCAUACAAGCUCCACCAAAUUCACACAGUGCUUUUCAUAACUAUAAGAGUCAUUUUAGUCUUGUAUUAAUGACUAUUGUGAAUUCUUAUUAUCAUUUUAUUUGGGUUGACAUUGGAGAUUAUGGUUCUCUGAAUGAUGCCGGAAUCUGGUCAAAUACUGCAAUGAAACAAGCAUUUGAAAACAAUACAAUAUCUGUGCCACAAGCACGUUGUUUACCUAAUACAAAUUGUCCAUUGCCGUUUUCUAUUGUUGGGGAUGAAGGUUUUCCACUCAAAACGUAUAUAAUGCGUUCAUAUGCAAAAAGAAAUUUACAAAGUAAUGAUCAAAAAGUGUUUAAUUAUCGAUUAUCAAGAUCACGCUGA